GUAAGUUAGCUGUAGCAACUUUGAUUAAGCGGGGAAUGAACUUUUCUCCAAGACAAAGUUGGCUUGAAAAUUCAGAAAGAGACAGACAUUCGAAACAGUAGAAGAAAAACUCUUGUCCAACCGUGUGCUUCAGAAAGAGUUAUAUAUACAUAUAUAUACGUGAUGAUUAUUCAACAUUCCAUCGCCCAUGCAUUAAUCGUGUUCCCAUUUUCCAAAAUGAAGAUUAUGAGAACUUUUCUUGUUACAUUGGUUUUGAUCUUUCUCGGUUUGAAAACUUUGAAGGGUGAUGACACCAUUGGAGGGUCACUGUUUCUUGACUACUACAAAGAAACAUGCCCUUUAGCAGAAGAGAUUGUGGCUCGAGAAGUCGAGAUUGCAGUGCUCAAAGAUCCUAGAAUGGCUGCCUCCCUCCUUCGUUUGCAUUUUCAUGAUUGCUUUGUCAUGGGAUGUGACGCAUCAGUGCUUUUGGACAACUAUGGAGACAUUGUUAGCGAGAAGCUAGCAGUGCCUAACCUCAACUCUAUACGAGGUUUUGAGGUUAUUGACAAGAUUAAGUACAUUUUGGAGGAAGCAUGUCCCUAUACCGUUUCUUGUGCUGAUAUUCUCACCAUUGCUGCUCGUGAUUCUGUGGCCUUGAGAGGAGGGCCAAGAUGGGAGGUGUGGUUGGGCAGGAGAGACUCGCUCAAAGCAAGCUUUGCCGGUGCAAACCAGUUCAUUCCUGCCCCAAAUUUCACCCUGCAGGCUCUUAUUGCCAGCUUCAAGCAACAAGGCCUUGACAUCGGAGACUUGAUUGCCUUAUCAGGUAGCCACACAGUGGGAAAGGCAAGGUGUACGAGUUUUAGACAAAGGGUGUACCAACUAAGCUUGCAGGAAGAACAUGAUGUGUACAGAAAGUAUAAGACUUUCAGGAGGAUCCUACGAUCAAUAUGUCCGAGUUCAGGAAGGGAUAAUCAAUUGGCACCAUUGGAUUUUGCUACUCCAGCUCGGUUUGACAACCAUUAUUUCAUCAACCUGCUUGAAGGGAAAGGGCUGUUAGGGUCAGAUAAUGCGUUGGUAUGGGAAGAUGAUGAAGGGGAGGUAGUACAGCAGGUGUGGGCUUAUGCCACAAAUCAAGAGCUUUUCUUUGAAUCAUUUGCCAAUUCAAUGGUGAAGAUGGGUAACAUCAAUGUCCUCACAGGAGUUGAAGGAGAAAUUAGAAAGAACUGUAGGUUUGUGAACUAAGGAAGGCUUUCAAUGUUUAUGACUAGACACAAUUCACGUUGCAGUCUAGAUCUCUAUAAUUCGGUCAUUUCAGUGGACGGUGAAAAUCAUGUCAAAAACUCAAAAAUCUGGACUACAUGUCCACCUCUCUUUUUAAAAUCAAAUUCAAGUUAGCCGGAAAAGAAUAAUAAAUAGCUAUAACACCUCAAAAAAAUUAAUAACUAGCUAUAAUGAUCAAAGCCAAUACUGAAAUCAGAAUUCACCAAUUUCAUUUGGAGAUACCUAGGCAAGAAACACACCAGGCAAAGCAAAGUUCACAGCUGUAGAAAGCAUUAUCACCAGCAAUGUGAAAGUUCAAUGUGCUCAACCACCAAAUUUGAACCAUUCAAUUGUCAGUAAAAGCAUUAUCACCACAAUGUGAGAGUUUACUGCCAUGGUACAGAAACCAAACAAACCCAGCAAUUACAAGUAAAAAUACACAUAUAUACCCUAAAAUCUCUAGUGGAUGGCAGGUUAAAUAGCAAUCAAAACCUGUCGGGAUUCAUGUUAACAUCACUGUUUAUUCAGUGGAUUGACAAGCUUAUGAAUUGCUAUCUUCACCUCACAUUCCUAGAAACUUUGUGGAGAAUUUAGAGAAUGGUUUUUCUAUUUUGUGCACUACAACACAAGGAUAAGGAUAGACUAAUGAUUAUUACUUUUAACAUCACUUGACAAUGCUUUCUACAGCUAAACCAUAACCAAAAAAAAAAAAAGACUGUCAAAAACACAUUACAAAAAAACUGUUUGAAGAGGGUGUAUUUCUCCAUCAAUUUGUAUAAGAGAACAAAGCUGAUAUUAAUUUAAACACCACUACAAAGUAGAUGACUUUAAUUUGGUAGUUGAUAAAAUUAACAUUCACUU